UCUCGGGUGAAGUAACCUUCAGUCGUGGAGAUAUAUAUCUCCCUUCCCGUUUCUUUUACUUCAAAGAUUCUCAGAAUAUUCUUCUCUUAGACAUUCAUGGUAAUGUCUAUCGAUCUUAUCGAUACAACCGAUUUGAUAAACAAGUUAUUAAUUGGGAACGUGUUGAAGUUGUUCCUUACAAUCAAGCUACUUCUUUGAUUCCGCAUCCCUUUGAUAAUAAGAAAGCUUAUAUUUUAACUAAAGGUACAACUCAUUAUAAAACGAAAGACCAAGGUCAUACCUGGGAAUCAUUUAGUGUUCCUUAUCAACCUUCAAGCAAGGAAAAUAUCGGAAAAUGUUUAUGGGGUGUUUCUACAGAAGAUUUUUCUGGUGCUCCUGCAGAUUCGAUUUUCUGUAUAGAUUCGAAAAGUAAAUUAAUCGAAUCUGAUGACUUUUUCUCUAAUAAAAAGAUU